ACGCUAAUGCACCGCUUGGGUUAAUGUAAUUUUGUAUGUGCUUAUUCAUUGCGAGAAGGCUAGACAUUUACUGACCUCUGUAUUAUAGCUCGUCAUAUAUUUUAAAUAACGUAGAUCCUGUAAUUGGAAUAGGAGGUGCCUAAAAAUUAAACAGGAAUGUGGAAGUGUGUUGAAACAACAGCGUUAAUGGCGAUAGUUUGUUUCACAGUAAGCCAAAGUGAUCCAUUCGAGGUUCUUCAAAAUGUAGGCGGGACGUUUGACAUAAAACAUUCUGAAAGCCAGUAUAAGAGUACAAGCACGAUAUCAACUCUAUUUAUUCCUGGACAUGACGAGUUGGAUUCGCCAGGAACAUCGAAUAUUGUAGACAGAUAUACAUGUACCGACUAUAAAAUGACGCUAUCAAUCCAAAAGUCUUCUCAACCAAAAAACGUAUUUCUCAACAUGUCCCUGCCUGGAAGUGUGACUAGACACGACCAACCAACAUGUACUGUAAAUUGGGGAGAUGGAACAACAGACUCUGUGGUUCAGUUUGAAAAUGACACAGAAGCCGUAAAUCAUGGUUAUACGGAUUUCGGAAUAUAUCAAGUGGGUAUAGACUGUAAGUCUAUGCAAGGUGACGUUGGAAUCUGCCCGGAACGGUAUUCAGAGUGUUUCGAAACAUCCAAUUUCUUUGACGAUGUCCACAGCAAGUUCCAGACACCAAUGGUUUACUUUUCAUCCGAGCCCAUUUUGAUUAACAGUUUCAUGAAAAUAUCUAAAUCUAAUUGCACAUCGCCUAAUAUCAACUGGAGAAUAACAAGAGUAUAUGAAAAUAAUACAUUCGCUGCGUUUACUAAUUUUACUCAACCGAAUACCUCCGUACUAAGAUUACAGACGGGAACACUCACAACUGGAUUUUAUAUUGUGAGUUUAGAAGUUCUGUUUCCAACAAUAAGCGAGUAUGAAUGGGUUGAAGAUUCCUUUGUGCUGCGAGUGGUUGAUCCGGAACUUAACGCACAUAUCUCCGGGGGUGAAUUUCUGAACGUCCCACGAGGGGAUGAGCUGUUGAUAUAUGCAGAUAAAUCCUAUGACCCUUUGAAUACUUCACUUUCUUUACCGCCACUGGAAGCCACAUGGUCAUUUGCAGUGUUUAAUUCAACAUCUAAAACCCUGACUGUCAAAGAUUUACAGACAUUCAUGAGAAAUUUUCCACAUAACUCGCUGCCUUCAAAUGGACUUAUUCAUAUGGUCAAGAGCGGAACUGAUUUUGUCUUAAAAGUCAACACAUCUUUAUUUCCUGCGAAGUCGUAUGGCAUGGCUAUGUUUACACUGUCACGUGGUACAAGAAUGGCGUCAGCACUGCAGGUGAUUCAAUUCAUGGACAACGUCCUUCCAAUGACAAUAGAAUGUGUGUAUAACUGUCAUACUGGGAGAGACCGAAUAUUUUACUACGAUAAAGUUGAGCUUGAUGUGAACUUUCCGGUUGGUACCAUUACUACGGACUUCAGCUACACAUGGUCGAUCCUUGUUUGGAAUACAACUAAAUUAACAUCCCAGCAACUAGCAACGUUACCACCAUAUACAACACCAGAUUCAGCAAUUAACUUGGAGACAGGUUUAAACACAGCCUCAUUAGGUAUAAGAAAUGGCUCACUAGUUCAAGGAUACACAUACAAGAUUACCGUCACGGUUUCAAGUCGAUCUCAUGCCACAUCCGUGGCGGAGUUAAUAAGGACAGUAAAUCAUGUGCCUUCCGAUGGAACAUGCGAAUUAGAAUCUGGUAAAACAAAUGUGACAUCAGCACGUGAUUGGUUGACAUUUGCAUGCACGUCCUGGCGAAAAUAUGACGACGUUAUACCUAAUGCACCGACGGUUGAUGUAAACCCAAUUUUAUCAUUCACGGUACGGCAACGAACUGUGGGUGCGCUCGUAGAAGAAGAACCAAUUUUGCAAACAAGAUCACAAACUUCGUACGUCAUACUGAAGGUUGGUGAUCCAGACAACAAUUAUGAAACCGAAUUGCUGAUCCAAGUAACAGAUAUUUUCAAUAAUUAUAACCAACAAGCUCUUAAAGUAAUUGCGAACCCAGCCUUUGCGGUUGACGACGUUGGACCACACGAAGAUGGUGCUGUUAUUAUCCGGUCUUAUACUGAGGUUGAUUAUCCCUCCGACGAACAGCAACUCCGAGAUAUGGGUAAAAGUGACAUGAUGAUUUCCCUUGUUUCAGCAGUGUGCAGCAAUAUUCAUCUUGUUGACCUUGGAACGUGGGUGCCUCCUGUGCCAAGAGUUUUAAAUUCGGAUGGCUUCGUUAUCGAUCUGAACGCUGAAGGCAACAAAGACGUUGGAAAUCUUGAUAAUGUAAUAAGCGAUGCAGACAAUGAAACCAUAGAUCCGGCAACAUUGGCUAUACAAGAUGUAAUGAUGAGAAUGAUAUAUUUUACACGGAAUAUAGUUGAAACAGACUUUAAUGGAAGCAGGAGCGGCGACAAACUGCUUGCAUCACUUGUGACAAAUGCAUUUACAAACGUUGCUGCAAAGCCCCAGUAUCUUAAUUAUGAUAGCAUGAUAGAUCUCAUUUACAUGGCACGGAUAGUUGGAUUUGGUGCACUGCUGCCUCAGAACACAACCGGAGACUCGGCAGCUCAGACUGAAACAUCAUCCGGAGAAAUAUACUACAUGUUUCAAGCGAUUGUUCAAGCUUCUAUUCCAGACGAUUUUGUAGAAAUACGAUCAGUUGAUGACCUUGUGUCAGGCAGGUCGCAAAUCAAUGAGAUGUUGUCGGCGUUGGGACAGAAUAUCAGCCUUGACAACUCUGAGCUAUCUCCGGACGAAAGGGCAUAUCUCUACACACUAAUGCAGCGUCGACUUAAAUAUAACACGCAGGACAAAAAGCAAACAGCAAGGGAAGCGGCACACAUGGCAAUUGACUUAGCUCAAGAAGUCCAAAAUCAGUUGAAAUUGUGCAGGAUUUGUAGCAAUCAAAACAGUUCCCGUACUGAUCAGUUAAUUAAGAAGGGGAAAACGAGCUAUUUUGUGUCUGAGAUGACGGCGACUGCAACUUCUAAAUUCCGAAUUGACGGCCUCAACAAGUCACUUGAAAAUGAAAGCAGUACAAAUAUAUUUGACACAGUUUCAGUGUCAGCAUUUGAAUUUCCAGAAAAUGUGUUCAUGUAUGAUAACGACGGGACAUCUAGUUAUAUCACAUCAAAGGUGCUUCGAAUCGAUAUCAAAUCAUCAGAACAACGUGUCACACCUGGGUUCAUGACCUUUGAGCAAAGAAUCACAACUCCUGACCCAGUGCACGUUCUUCCCGUGGUUGAUAAGGAGGACGUAUCAGAUUUUAUGUAUCAUAAAUUUAUUUAUCAGAAGUCAACAGACGAUCUGUGCAUGAUUAUUUUACCAAUAGGUCGAUAUAAUUUUACUAGCUACCUAGUUUAUAUAAAGUUUCAUGCCUCUCCAUCGAUAAUUGAUUACGACUUCACAUUUCAUGUUGAGAGAGAUAAUAAUUGGCAGAUAUGUAUUCAGCCUGAGAAGAUGAAAAAGCACACAGGAUUAACAUUUCUGGCCGUUAGUUUACCAGGAGCGAUGAGAAAUGUUGCAUACAACUUGACAAUUGUUACGGUCGGAUGUUUAACAUGGGAAGAACAAGCUAGAAAAUGGCAUACAGAUAAGUGUCAGCUUGAAUGGAAACCAGCAGAAGAUCUUGUGUCCUGUUUCUGUCGGGAAGUCACUGAUCUGGUGUUUUCUAACUCUUUCUUCGCUGCACCAAACUCCAUAGACUUUUCAGCAGUAUUGCUAAAGUUCUCUCCUUUAAACCAGGCUGCUGUAUUGGGUACAUUAAGUGUCCUUUUUGUGGGAUAUUUUGUAGCAGUUGUAAUCUUAGUUAGUUUGGACAAGCGAGAUGCAUUAAAGUGGGGCAUCACACCUCUUCGAGAUAAUUUUGUUUCUGACCAACACUUUUAUAUCCUUAAAGUGUAUACUGGUAUGAGGCGUGGAGCAGGAACAAGGUCACGUGUCGCUUUUAUCUUAACUGGGACAAAUGGAAAUACUGGACCUAGAGAGUUGUAUGACGGUGUCAGAGAGGAAUUUACCACUGGUAGCAUUAUGUCGUUUUUCCUUGCAACAAAUGCGCACCUUGGUGACUUGCAACAUUUUUAUAUCUGGCACGAUAAUAGUGGAGAAUCACAAGCUGGAUGGUAUCUUAACCAAAUCGUCAUUUAUGAUAUCAAAACAUGUACAGUGCACACCUUUGUGGCUGAAAGGUGGCUAUCGAUAGAAACAAAUAUAGACGCACAUUUAACAUCAAAUCCAUCCAGUCGUCCUAUAAAGUUCGAAUCCCGGUUCUUUUACCAGCUCAGGGAAAGAUUUUCUCAAAACCACAUGUGGAUAUCUAUUCUGUACCGACCUCAGACAAGCACCUUCACUCGAGUCCAGAGAGUGUCUUGCGCACUUGCUUAUAUAUUUCUCACCAUGCUUGCUAAUGCAAUGUAUUUCAAUCCCGAACCUGAAUACGUAUCACCAGCAAUUCUACAAGUUGGACCAUUUCGGUUUACAAAACAACAGAUAUCUAUUUCAAUGAUAUGUGCUCUGAUUACAACACCUCCGGUGAUGCUCAUUGUCUUCCUGUUUCAACACACUAAAAAAAGGCGCAAUAGCUGUAUAAGCUGCAAGAGAUGUUGUAGUUGUACUUUAUUUUGCCAGAAAGAUGAUCCGACAGAUGAUUUGCUGAGAACCAAAUUACUGUCUUCACAGGUGCCAGAAUUGCGAGGAAGACUGUGUUUUCCAUACUGGUUUGUGUACAUCAAUUGGUUCAUACUUGUUGCUGCUAUCCUGGUUCCAGCGUUUUUCAUUUUACUGUACAGUAUAGAAUGGGGCAAACAGAAAUCCGAGGAAUGGCUGACUACAUUCUUUAUGUCCUUAUUUGAGUCGAUAUUGCUUGUUGACCCAGUAAUGGUAAUUUGUAUCGUUUUGGUACUCAGUGUAUUGAUUCGAUCAAAUACACUUGAUACUCACCUUGACGUAGAAGAUAUUGUUAGAAGGUACAAGCAUACGAUGGGACAUGACGAAAGUGAGCUCUCCGUGUCGAUAAAGAUCUUGAAAGCGAUCAGGGAUGAUGUCAAGUCUCUUAAAUCAAAUCCAAGGCAGGUUACACCGCCACUUCAGGGACAAAGUCUGGCUUUGGCUGCAGAGAGACAUCGGCACGAUACUAUACUGUCGUCUUUUAUAAAGGACAUUCUCCUCAAUUUGUUUUUGAUUUUCAUCAUAUUUAGCAUCUGCUACGCCAAUAGAGACGACAGAUCUUAUCUACUUCAUUCAGAAAUUGUUAACACGAUAGUUAAGCCAUGGAAGUUGCCACAGUUUCAAGCUAUUACAACACCUGGAGAUUUAUACAACUGGCUAAAUAUGUCGGUGAUUCCAAGUUUAUUCCCUGAAUUUGAUGCGAACGGUGCUCCACUACAUUGGACAGUACGUCAGUUCACCACUGGAUAUAACAAUCUGCGGCUAGGCCCUCCUCGUCUCCGGCAGCUGAGGACCAAAAACAAUACGUGCAUUAUACCUUAUAUUGGAAGUAUGUCCUGUUAUGGAAAGUAUGAAAUCCUAGACGACGAGGAUAGAAAUUUUUGUCUAGGAUGGUCAGCAGCACCAUGCCCUUCUUCUGAGGCUGUCUUCAAUGUUUCUUCUGCUGCUUGGAAUUACAUAUCAGCGUACGAUAUAUGGGGGCUACCUACGUCUGGAGUGUAUACAACUUACGGCGGCGGUGGAUACAUUGCUUCAUUUGAUAUAAGUCGCAACAUUUCUAUCAGUAUACUAAAUGAACUUUUCGCAAACUUGUGGAUGGACAGACAAACCAGAGCAGUUCUUUUUGAAUUUACACUGUAUAAUGCAGCAACAAAUAUAUUUAUCUACAAUGUAUUCGUAGUCGAGUUUCUACAAACUGGAGGAGCGUUUACUUCGUACUCAACAUAUCCAGUUCGCGUGUACACCCAUCUAGGUUCCAUUGGUACAUUUACAUUAGUGUGCGAAAUUAUAUUUAUCAUAUAUGUGAUUACACUUUGUGUAAAAAUAUGCAUAAGGAUAUACAAACAAUGCUUCGGCUUCUUCAAGAGCUUCUGGCAAGUCUAUGAGCUGGUAAUGUUUACUUUAGGUCUUGUUAUAAUCAUAUUUUACAGUAUUCGACUAGGACUAGCGUUUGAAACAAUACACAACUUUAAGAAAGACAAGAAGCUGUUCGUUAACUUUGCUCAUAUCACUUUAUGGGAUCAGAUACUUGUAUCUUCGUUGGCAUUUUUGCUUUUCAUGGCAACUCUCAGAAUGUUAGAAGUAUUUGCAAGUUCCAAAAACGUCAACGCCAUUUACAAGGUGUUUUGUGAGUGCGGGAAAGAUCUUUUCUGGUAUAGCAUGACUUUCUUACACAUUUUUCUGGCAUUUUGUUUUCUUGGCUUUUUGAUGUUUGGUUCACAGCUUCUAUCAUACAAGAACAUUUUCAAAAGUAUGGGGACAUUGUUUGUAACUUUAGCCGGAAAGAGUAAAUUUGCUGAAAUCAACGAAAAGCAACCUGUGUAUGCAAAGGUAUUUUUCUCGUUUUAUAUUUUGACUGUUGUUUUCUUUGUGCUGACAAUCUUUCUGUCGCUACUCGGAAUCAGUAUUGACAACGUAGUGCACGAGACUCGACAAGAUCCCAGGGAAGAUGUAAUAGAUUAUGUGGUGAAGUACAUACUUUCACUUUUCACUAAACCGGCACGACAAACAGAAACUAGAGCUCUUUCUCCACUUGCCGAAAGUCCUAUGCGUGAAGAGACGCCACAAGAACAGUCGUUACAAUCAUAUGAAACUACGCCCAUUCCAUCUGUGUGCGACGAAACAGAAUUUAAUGUUACAGAAGAUUCUUCUGAAAUAGAAUCAUAUGUAAGUGAGGAUCCUGAACAGAUAAUAACCUUUGGAAACGAGGAGCCCGAACUUACUAUCAACAUGCCAUCUUUGGAAGUGGAGGAGCCAAGGACUCUUUCUCGGUUUUACAUGUAUGCUAAACCUCGCAAAUCGAAGCUUAGGGCUAAACGCAAACCAAAACAAAGGCGCCCUUGGAUGCCAUAAACUUUUUGUUGUCAUGGAAAUGGCUGCUGAAAACCCAAACUGCUCAGACGGUUAUUAUGUUUAAUAGCGCAUGUAUUGUGUACACAGUUUUAAGUUCUUCAAAUAAUCAAAAUUCUUUGCCAGUAUUUACAUAUUUGUAAUGAAUUGUUUUUUCCUGAA